AUGGCAGAGGGUUAUCUUGCGAUAGAUAUAUUAAAUUUAGAUUAUAGAGUUAGGCGUUUAGAACGUACAUUAGAACGCAAGUUGAUGCGAAGAGAGAAAGACCCAUUUGAUUUAACAAAUGAAGAGUUUAUUGAAUUAUACCGCAUAAACCCACAACUUGCAGCAGACCUGAUUGACACUCUACAGCCUAGUUUGCAACGUGUGAGGGACGGUGGACUCUCAGUCCAAACACAGGUAUUAACAGCUGUGAGAUUUUAUGCCACCGGUUGUUAUCAACGUCCAGUAGGAGACCAGUGGGGUAUCUCAUUAAGUCAGUCAUCAGUGAGCCGGUGCAUUCAUGAUGUCACAAAUGCUAUCAAUGAACGAUUACUAAGGCCAUGGGUACAAUUUCCCAUGACUCCGGAAGACCGGCAACGAGUAGCGUCACAAUUUGCCACCGCACGUCAACCAUUUAAAGGAGCUAUUGGAGCAAUUGAUUGCACUCAUGUCGCAUUGCUUGGGCCUAGAGAACAGGAGGAGGCAUAUGUUAAUCACCAUGGAUAUCACUCACUCAAUGUGCAAGCGAUAUGUGAUCCUAACUUGAAGAUAUUAAACAUCAAUGCACGUUAUCCUGGGGCAAGAAACGAUUCAUACAUAUGGAGUACAUCCCCUGUACGACGCAUAAUGGAGCGUGAAUACAAUCGAGGUGAAAGAACGUUUCUUAUUGGUGACCAGGGUUACCCCUUGGAACCAUGGCUGAUGACUCCAUUAUCUAACGAAUGA